UAUCCAAGCUUCAUUUCUUUAAAAAAAAACUCGUAUUUUCAGACUCUUAUUUAUUAGUUAAAAGUUAAGGAAUUUUGUGACAAUACUUUGUAUAUAAAAGUGCUGAGUUAUCCGAUUUGUACUAGAUACGUGUCAAAAUGAUCAGUCCUGAAGAAAUUCUUGCAGAAGUCGCCAAUUUCGAGGGCAACUUCCGGUCGGUGGAGUUAAGCCCAACGGCACCGGUGCCUGAGAUCGACACGGAAAGCUGGCUCGAAAUAGGACUGCGCAAAAACUCGAUCGAUGACGAAACGAAGUAUUGCACCGAAAGUUUGCUCCGCCAGUUACUCAACCAAAAAUCGACCCUGGACCAGUUUAAGGUGAAAUUGGUGGAACGAGCCCGGCAACGAAGCACCCGGUUCGACAUCCGGUCCGGACAGUUCAUGAACCGGGCGGCCGUCAAAAUUGCCAACGUCGAUGCCAUGUUCGAGUGGCGCCUGUGUCAGCUUUCGGAUCAGGAGCGGCAACGGAACAGCCAGGAAUUGUUCUACUUUGUGGACGUUUUCGGCGGACCGGGCGGAUGCAGCGAGUACAUCUUGUGGCGCAAUGGUGGAUGGCACGCGCGUGGUUUCGGUUUUACCACCAAGGGUGAAUACGAGUUCCGGCCGGAUGCCUUCCGAGCGGGUGCUCCGGAAACGUUGGAUCCUUAUUAUGGUCGCAACGACAACGGCAACAUUUUCGAUCCCGAGAACAUAAUCGGUUUCGUUGACUACGUUCUAGCUCAAACGAAAGACCGGGGGGCUCAUCUACUCGUUUGCGACGGAGGAUUUUAUAUUAAGAGCAGCUCCCAGGAGAUUCUUUCCAAGCGUCUGUACUUGUGUCUGGUGCUGUUGGCGGUCGGUGUAAUCCGAACCGGUGGACGAGCAAUAAUUAAGGUGUUCGAUCUGUACACUCCUUUCUCAGUCGGAUUGGUGUACAUUUUGUAUCGAUGUUACGGUAAAAUAUCUAUCGUUAAACCGAUUUCGUCGCGCCCGGCCAACUCGGAACGUUAUCUGGUUUGCCAGAACCGAUUGAAUCGGGACACAGGAUUCGCUGAGUAUUUGAUUUCGAUCAAUCAAGUAAUGUGGGACAACAAGCAUCUCAAUUACGACAUUCUGGAAAUCGUUUCGAAGGACGUCAUCGCACAGGAUAUCGAUUUUACCAAUUUUAUUCGGGGCUCGAACGAAGAUUUGGCCCGACGUCAGAUCGAAGGGCUGAAACCGAUGCUGGCCGCGCUCUCGGAUGAUUUUUGUGCCGAAAAACUUGACCAAAGGUUGCUACAAACGACCCUUUGGAAGUCGUGGAAGUUGGAUCAGAACAGUUACCAAUCACUGACUGCAGGCGAUGGCAAGAUUCGGUUCGCUGCCGAGUACGCUUUGCAAUUUAUUGAACAAUCAACGGGGGAAAAAUUUACGGUUCCAGAUACUGUGAUGGACGGCGCUCAAACACCGGCCAAUAUAUUCGGUGACCCGGCGUGGUGGAGCUUUAUUCCCGUUGAUGUUACCAGCGAUCAGGGUAAAACGGUUAGAACUAUCUUCCUGAGCAAAGGCAAUGGAAAUACGUUUGUCUUUGAUCGAGCUGAGAAGGGAUGGAAACAGAUCAAGGAAUAUCAGCUGGUGCUUUCGCCGAAGACUCUGCUUUAUGGGGAAAUUGUCGAGGAGAUUUUUUUCAAGAAUGAUGAACAGAAAAUCUCUCUUGCGUUGCACAUAAUCGAUGCGAUGAUGUUGGGAGGUACGGACAUCCGGCACGAGUCGCUGGCCAAACGGAAUGAACUAUGUGCAAAGUUUGCCAUGGCUCACAAUCGUCCAUUGGCGGCCGAUUGUAAUGCAGGUGACGUGAAGCCCAUUCCGGUGCGCAGCAAAACACUGAUACCCAUGACCGAGAUGACUAACUUUUUCAACAAUUUAUCCGUGAACGAGUUGAAAAACGGUACCAAAGUGUUGGGAAUACCAGUCCCUCCGAACGCCCGGCAGGAAACGAAACGAUUUUACAUCCCACGAGGGUUGCUAUUUAUUCCGCAUCACCAUCCAUCCAAGGCCGAGCAACUGGACUUUGAAACGAGCCUUGUGUCGAGACAUUUGUGGCUCUGGUUGAACACCACCCAGAUAUAUUCUUCGUCACAGUGUUUCGAUGUCGACCGCAGAAAGGGUCUUGUUUAUCGGUACGAUAUUGACGAGUUUUUGGAAAAGUUUGAGAAAAAGAAAAUUUGAAUUUGACCUUAUUUUUAAUCACUUCUAAGAAUAUCGAAAGUUAAUCAUUGUUAGAGUUGAAGCUUCGAAUUUACCAUGAGAUGAAUUAUUUUUGAUAAACGCUGGUGUUAAUAUUUUAUUUCAUUGUUUACGAAGUUGCUUUAGAAAUCGAUCGCAAGGCUUCAAUUAUUGAUUUAUUGACUUUUUAAUUCUCGAUCGUAACGCUCAUACCUAAACGUUGAGUUUUUCUUGAUGUUCACAUACAAUUUAUAAUUGUUUCCGGGUUUUCGAUUUGUAAUGUUAAUGAGAUUCUUUGAAUAACGAUAUGUAUCGCUUAUAUCUUAAUUAUCGUUGGUAGCCAAUGUAGCAAAAUUGUUAUUGCACCGUUUCAACUGUUGUAUGAUUCGAUUACAAUAAAACGUAUACUAGCCAAUUGCGAUUCUUCGGCGUUUUUCUGUGCGUCUUCCAUCGAUCACAAUUUAGAACUGCUAUCAGCCUGAAGAUUGUUCCCGAAGAAAGUGAAAUCUUAAUCUGAUUUUCGAAAUAUGUGAACUUAUACCGGUGAAUGUGAACUAACUACUCUGAAUUCUUGAAAUUGAGGUC